AUGUCAGACAUACUAUUUACUACAUCCACAUGGCACACUCUACAUAGUAGAAACUAUAUGAAAAUAGUUUUCAUAAUAAUUCAUAUAGUUAGUGUAAUAGUUGAAAGCGAAGUUGUUGGUUAUAACUUUACUAAUUACUACCAAUGUACAUUAUUAUUUAUUCAGUAAUUUAUAUUACCAUUGGGCAUUGGAUUGUUAUUUGUUUUGUAUGGGCGUUCCCCUUCCGUGAAUUAAAAUCCAGUGAAUCCAGCUGAUAAGAAUUUAUGUAGACGUUCCGAGAUAACGAAAAUUUGAAAUUUGAGUUACGAUUAUUAUAAUUAAAUAACAUCAUGCAACAUAAUUUGUUACAGUUAUAGUAGAGAUUAUAGAAUCGACUUGCUGAGUUUUUUUUAAUAUUAUUAAUUAUUAAAAAUUAUCAUAUGAUUUGUUUCGUUUUGUAUAUGGUAAAUUUUGUUUAGCUAGUUUUGGUUUUCUUUACCAAAUUAAUUAAUUCUUAUUUCUAUGUGGUAGUGUUAAAAUUAAUAAUACUUAAAUAUAAUUUUGUUGCAAAACUAAUAAUUUUAACAAUAUUUUAUUGUAUAGUAUUGAAAUUUUAUAAUUUGUAUUUAUAAUGGCAUCUAAAAUUGAAUGUGUUCUCAAGCAAUCGUUGAUUACAUUUUCUGGUUCUCAUACAUCUAAGACUUUUCAUGAUAAUUUAAUAAAGCUGAAACGAUAUGCUAAUGAAUUGGAUGCAAAUUCUAUUACUUUAGACAACAGAUUACUACGGUGUGAUACUUAUGAGCUAAACAGUAGUUUUGAUAAGUUAUCUGGAAGUGUUCUUAUACGCCGUGUAAGGGCACCUGUUACUUACAUAGAAGUAUAUGAAGACCAAAAUGUAUCCAUUGGCAUAUUUGUGUUAAGAAAUGGUGCUAAAAUUCCACUACACGAUCAUCCAUGUAUGUAUGGUGUUUUGAAAGUUAUACAUGGCAAGGUUAGGAUACAAAGUUAUACACCAAAAAAAAAGGAUUACAGCCAAUUAAAUGAAUGUAUUAUAAGUGCUGUUAAAAUGGCACCAAUUAUAAUUGGAGAAUCUGAUGAACCGUGUGUGUUGUGUCCAGUAGAAGGAAAUAUUCAUCAAGUCGAUACUGUAGAUGGACCGGCUGCAUUUGUCGAUAUAUUAGCUCCACCCUAUAGAACUGAUAUUCCAGAUGUAGGUAAACGAUACUGCAGGUAUUUCAAAGAACUGAAUAUGUCCAAAGAUAUUAAACUAGAAGUUGUACCUGAUCCUAAAGAUUAUUGGAGCGAUACAGCUCCGUAUACUGGACCACAAUUCAAUUUAAAUAUUGAUGAAAACUCUUAAUUUUUGUUUAUUAAAUAUCGUAAGAUAUUUUAUGUAGAAUAUUUGUCCACUACUAGUCAGCAGUGCCUUAAUAUGUUAUUAAAAUUUAAUAUACUGUUUUAGAGAAGUAUGAUAAAUUAUUUAACUCUGUAUAAGAUAAUAUGUACAUAUUUGUAUAUCCCUACAUGUACAGAGUUUCCUAUGAAGAUAAUUUAGAAAUGGUUAAAUAUUGUAAUAUAUUUAAUACUAAUUAAGGUUUUAAAAUUCUGCUUUUUAAAAAUAAAUCAUGCUCUUUUAAAUAAAAUAACUUUUUUAUUUAAAAUAAAAAUAAUAUGUUUAUAGUCAAAAAACUAAUGAAUUAUUUAUAAUAACCAAAUUAAAGAUCUUUAUUUUCUAGGGGAUCUUACAAUGGGUAGGUUUAUCUUAGUGGGACAUUUUGCAAGUAUAUUUUAUUACUCUAAUACUCGUUAAAAAAAUAUUUUAUUUUUCUUAAAAUCAGAUCAAUUUGUUGGUAUAAUUUGUUUGACAAUACUUGUAAUAAAUUAUGUAUAUUAAUGUAUGAUAGAUAUAAUUUUAUAAUAAAAAUGUAUUUAGAGGACGUCACAAUAAAACCUGAAUUACUAUUUUAUCUACAUGAUAAUCAAUGUUAUUAUUGUAAUUUACUUUACAACAGAACAAUAGUUUAUUUUAAAUUUAAAGUUUUGAAAUGUUUAUCCCAAAUUGGUGAUUUAUUUUUUUUAUUUACUGUUUUAAUUGUUUAGUUACCUAAUACAGUUUUUGAAUUGUAAACAUUGAAAUAUGUAUAGAAUGUUAAUUUGAAUGUAAUUAACAUUUAUAAAGGUCGGCAGGGUGGGAUAAAGCUACAGUGUAGUAACGCACAGUUCGAAUCUUGGCCACUGAUGGUUUCUUCCUUAAAUAAUAAAUAAUUUAUUAACUUCAAAUAUACUUUGACAACUUUAAAUAAUUUUUU